CGAUUCUGCAAAAAGGGAUCGAUCUCGUACAUUGCUUGUGACCGAUUAAACAAAACAAAACACCGUAGAAAUUUGCGCAGUAUAGAACCACACAUGUUAGUAUCGAUGGCUUCAUUGAUAAAAAAAUGAUCAGUGAUCUGAGUAAUAACUCCAUUGAGUUGAGCGAUCACAUUCGACAUCAAUACUGCCAUAACCGACCACCGUAUCGUAAAUCGAAAAAACCAACUGCCGUAAAGGUCUACUCAGUGGCAAACGAAUCCCGACAUUUACUAGUCUUCGGCGUUCCCCAAAUCAAUUUGCUCCGGGAACUAAAGACCGAGUUUCGCCGUCACGGUACGGUUCAGCAUGUAUUAAAUAUUACGGACAGCAUUAGGGCGAGUGGAAAUCAUCAAGUUGAGCCUUUCACAGACGUGUUCUAUGUAAAAUUCGAUAAACUAGAAAAAGCUCGGCUAGCGAAAAAACGUUUGGACGCUCGAAACUUUUAUGGCGGUAUUCUGCACAUCACUUACGCCCCAGAGAAGGAAUCUAUACAAGAGCUCCGUGAGAAGUUGUCUCAACGGCGUAGAGAGGUCAAUUUGAGAAUUCAAAAGAAUCGGUUGAGUGAACACAGCAAUUUGAUCGCAAAGUGUGAACAAGUGCUACAGCAACAGGAUUCAGUCCAUUCGGCAGAAUCGAUCCCGAAAAAGCACAGAAAAGUAUCAUCCAAAUAA